AUGCUCUUCCGGUCGCUACUUGUCCUGUUAUUCACAUGGAAUACGGUAACUGGCUUCUGCUAUUACGGAACCGCAUUCAAGAAUGUCACCGGGUAUAAGCAUUCAAUAGUUCAUUGAGUCGUAAGUAAUUUCACAAUAGCUAAACUUUCAGAUGUUUCCAGUUCUUCCGAACUCCGUUGAACUUCACUAAUGCCGUCCGAGUAUGAUUUUAUGAUUUUCCACUCUCUUCUCAGUGCCAUAACCCUUUUUCUUCAGUUCUGCCGUGUAAAUUUGAAGUCCACAAUCGGUCGGCCGACAUCUUUCGAGAAGAACCGACAAAUCCAAGAGGCGGCCGCCAAAUUGGGCAUCGAAGAGUACUGGAUCGGCGCGACGAACGUCGAUAACGACUGGGAAUGGCUCGACGGGUCCAUGAUGACGUAUUCGAACUUUGACGUGGCAGCCGGAUAUCCGAAGAAGACGGAAUCGCAGGUGGGCGCGGUCUCGAUGGAGUCUCUUUUCGGACUGUGGUACACGAAGAUCGACGCGAUGGCGCUGCCGUUCGUGUGCGAGUUCCAGGCGACGGAAGACUAUUCCCAAGGUAUUUUCUUCCUUCUGCCAUCCUCUAAGACUCUCGAAAGUGCUUCAGGAGUGCUCUACCGUGUCCCAAAGACGCAAAGUCUUCGUUUCCCUCACGGCGGCAUCAAAGCCCCGAUCGUUUUGGUCCAAUCCGCCGAUCAAUCCGUUCUUUAUCCGGCCGUCGGACCAAUUCAGAAUGAGGUGGACACUGGAGAAAAGGCGUAUAUGGAGCCGAUAAACAUGACUGCCGGAGCAUUCCCCUCGAUGGGAUUGAGUGGACAACCCGUGGUUAUUCUGAAUCCGCGAAGAGUGAGGGUGAAGCUGAAGCCGGUUGUUGUGACGGAGACGGAGACAGAGCAGAACAGAUCGGUGAAAGAGAAGGAAGAGACGGAGGAUUCCGUGAAUGUGAAGUCGAGUCAACAGGCAACGGGAGCAAGUGGGAACGGUAAGGAAAGGGAGCGGUUACGGUGGAAGAUUGUGGUUUUCCAGGGACUGCACUUGCCGAGGAACUGAAUUCCAACUCUAAAGCGAAAAGAGAACGCGAGGAGAGUGAGACGCUCCGCACGAAAAUUACUAAUAUUCAAAGAGGAUGA